CGGGGCUUCAUGGGGCAGUUGCACGGGAAAGCGUCGUUUGCGACGGCGGCGCUGCCGUUCCUGAACAUUUCCGAGAAGGACGUCAACAAAUGCUGGGAAUCGUUCAACGACGUGGCGGAAGGCUUUGGUAUCAAUCGCAUUGAGAUGAUCGACAUUUGCAGCCCAUUGCAAGAUUCGUUUGAAAUCAAAGCGAAAGCAGAGAUGGAGCGGAUCACGGGCCUGCUCUUUGACGCCAUGGAUACUGACGAGAAUGGGCUCGUGGAUGCGCUGGAGUUCCUCGGGGCACUGGCGCUCUUAAGCGCCAUGACGAUACCUCAGAAGAUUACAUUCGUGUACAACUGCUAUGACUUCAACGAAAGCGGCGAAAUCACCAUUGACGAGCUUACGUUGGCGAUGAAGUCGACUCUCACCGGUCUGUGCAAGCUCUCUAUCGGGCGCUCUUGUCCCACCGAGCUCGUCCUCGAGGAAAUCGCGUUGUUUGCGUUUCGCAAAGCAGGCAAGCACCCCGACAAGUGCAUCACGCUGCCCGAAUACAUUAAAUACUGCGAAACAACGCCCGAGGUCAACACGUGGGUGUGCUUUUUCGACGCUCCUCGCGACUUGUCGGACGAACAUGACAUUGGAGACAGCGACGUGGAUGUGGAAGCGAGCAUUCCGAUCUACUCACGCUCCCACAGCGCCAACAUGGACGCCGACGCUCCAAACGACCUCGUGCACCAGUACGCGGCCAACGAAGAGCCUGCGUUGACACAGCCAUGGCAAAACACAGUGGCAAAUGCUGCCCCGACCGCUGUUCCUGACAACCCGAUCCCGUUGCCAAGCAUGGCGCUCGACUGGAUUUACGGCAUGAAUUCUGUACUGCGGCAGUGCGUCGACUACGUGUCCACCAACGAAAUCAUCUACCCGGCGGCGUCGGUCGUCGUUUUGUACGAUCAUGUCGAGCAUAAACAGCGGUACUGCCAAUACCACACCGACCUCGUGUUGAGUGUUGCGGUCCAUCCGAACCAGUCGGUCGUGGCGACGGGCGAGCGAGGAUCGCGCCCGCGAAUCUGCGUAUGGGAGGUCCAGUCGCUGCGUCUCCUAUGCACCUUGCGCCAUUUGCACUCGGUUGGAGUCGGCCACUUGGCAUGGAUGCCAGAUGAAAGGACGCUGCUCUCGUUGGGCAACGAUGCGUACCACACGCUGGCCAUUUAUCAGUGGCCCACGUCUGCGUUGCUCGGGCUCCCGCAAUUGAUUUACACGGAGCGGACGUCUCGAUACCGCGUGCUAGCCAUGCAACCUGUCACGUCCUCGCUCUUUAUCACGUGCGGCCAGCGCCACAUCCACUUUUGGUACCAGGACAGCAUCGAGAGCUCGCCUGGCGUCGUAUUUCAUCCAAAGCCGGGGGUGUUGGGGAAGAAGGCCAAGAUGCAGACCCUGCUUAGCGUCGCCUCCAUCACGGACAAGUUGACGUUGUCGGGCACCGUGCGUGGCGAGAUUUGGCUAUGGGAAGGGCGCAACGUCGUCAAGGUCCUGUUUGCCCAUGCAGCAGCAGUAAACGUGCUGCAUGUGUUUUCCGGGGGGGUUGUGUCUGGCGGAAAAGACGGGAAAAUCCGCCUCUGGAGCAAACGGAUGGAACCUGGCGCGUCGUUUGAUAUUGUCGCGCAGCGCUUGGGAGCUUUAUCGGCCGUGUUCGGAGCGCUGUGA